AUGCCAAAUCCUGUCGUCGUCAUCACAGGCGCAUCCAGAGGUAUCGGUCUUGCAGUCACUCGUUCCUUACUCAAGGAGCACAAUGCUCGCGUCGUUACCAUAUCGCGGACUCGAACACCGGAGCUCAGCCAACUGAUUCAGGAACACGAGCAAUCAUUGUUGACUCUCGAGUGCGACAUCACAGAUGAACCCGCGCUCAAAAGUGCUAUAACCCGCGGCAAAGACCACUUUGGACAGAUAGACGGCCUAAUCCUCAAUGCUGCUACUCUAGACCCCAUAGCACGCAUCGACAAUGCCGACAUCACCCUCGAUGACUGGAAAAGCUAUUUCGACAUCAAUUUUUUCUCGCUUGUUACUGCUAUCAGGGCAUCUUUGCCUGGCUUGCGAGAAUCGAAGGGUAGGAUCAUUUUUGUAAGUUCAGGAGCGGCUACCGGAAACAUAUAUGGAUGGGGCGCAUACAAUGCUAGUAAAGCGGCUAUGAAUAGCUUGAGCAGAACGCUCGCGAACGAAGAACCUUCGAUCGUGUCAUUGGCACUUGCACCUGGAAGGGUCGACACUGCGAUCUCAAAUACCGCACAGAUGCAGGCUAUACUGCGGGAUGCAGGGGUGCAGCACAUGAAGGCGACGGAUCAUAAGGAUUUUGUCGAUGCCUACAAUGAAGGAGCCCUAGUCAAUCCACACGACGUUGGAUAUGUAAUCGCUGCUCUCUCGUUACGCGCUCCUCUUGCACUUACUGGGCAGUUUGUGAAGUGGGAUAAUGAGGAGUGUAGAGAAUUCCGGAGGAAAUGA